AUGAAAAUAACGUUUUUAUUUGCAGCAUUGUUUUUAUUGGAUUUCUUCACUUGCUUUCAUGCUUAUCUACAAUAUUCCUUUCCUGACACAGAGGAUGCAAAGUUCAUUAGAGACUGUGUGAGAGCUCACAACACAUUUCAAUCUAAAGUGAAUCCAGCAGCCAUAUGUUUCAGUAGACUCUCGACGACGCCCGAAUUCGGACCCGAACGCGCGCACUGCCCAAACCCCCCCUACCCUCGCAGCUCGUGCUACUGGGGCACUGAAACCACGCCUCCCCUCCCCUCCCAUGCUAAUGAGGGACUGGAUAAAAGAUACUUAGGGAGAGGACGCGCCGUUUUGCCAGCGCUUAGAAGGCCGAGGCAGACGGGUGGUGCUGGAUCCACGGCGGUGACUUACUGCUUGCACCAUCUAUCUUCUCCCUUUCUCUCAAUGACAAGCAGAUUUUCUGCUUGUGUUCUGGCUUUACUGCUCUUCUGUCAUUUCUCUGACUCCUAUGAACCAUCGACGUUGCCUGAUAUUGAAGAUCCAAAGUUUAUUGAGGAAUGUGUGCAAACCCAUAACAGAUUCCGGUCUGGAGUGGAUCCACCAGCCAGCAACAUGCUCUACAUGAGUUGGGAUCCAGAUUUGGCAAAGACUGCGAAAGGUUGGGCAAAGAAAUGCUUAUUUAAACAUAAUAUAUACCUCAAAGAGCCAGGGAAAGUUCACCCCAGAUUUCCCCGUGCUGGUGAAAACCUCUGGACUGGCUCACUUCCUGCCUUUACUGUGAAAGGAGCCAUCACCUCAUGGUACAACGAGGUCAGAUUUUACACUUAUAACACCAAUAAGUGCAGCAGAGUAUGCGGCCACUAUACACAGGUUGUUUGGGCUACAAGCUACAAGGUUGGCUGUGCCGUCCACUUCUGUCCCAGGGUGGCAUCCAUAACCAACGCUGCACACUUCAUCUGCAACUACGGGCCGCCUGGGAAUUACCCAACGCAGCCGUACAAGACCGGAGCAGCGUGCAGUGACUGCGGUGGUGAUCAGUGUACCAACCAUCUCUGUCAAAAUGCAGAGCGCGACAAAGUCAUUGGUGAUCCCACAUGGCGUCCAGACUGGGACAGACCUGCAUGUGAUGAGUUCUGCAUCUCUGUUAUUGCUCUAAGGUCAAUACUCCUUAUACUGACAAUUCUGGCCACCUGGCUCAUACCCAAAUACUGGUCUCUAGCACCUGCUAGUGGGUGACACACAUGUAGAUGAUCACACGAGCGCUUGGCUUGGCUCAGCUUAUCCCUUCCCUUCACAUAAGUUACUGGUAGCAUAAAGAUUGGUAGAGACACUGUUUGCAUCCACGACUGAUUUAGAAAUACAGCAAUACCAUCUUCGUUGCAGGCAGCAGCUACGAGAGCUGAUAAACAGCUUUCUCAUUGCUCAGAACCAGUUAAAAAGUUAAAAUGGCUUUAGAUGUUAAAAUGGCUUUAAAAGUUAAAAAGUUAUAAGUUUUUUGAAGUGGAGCAGUGUGUGUGGGAUCUGCUGGGUAAGGGAGCAUGCUGUCCGGGCAGCACACUAAGGUCCAGGCAGCUGCCCAACACACUUUCUUUAGGAAGGGCUGGAGGGUGUCUAGCCCAGGAGCCUGGCCCCAACCCCCAGCCAAGGUCCAGGGAGAGCACUCACCUCUCUCAUUCCUAUUGCACUCUUUCCUUGGAUGCUCCUACAGCAAGGUGCAGAGUAUCCUGUAUCAUUUAAAUCUUGUUUUAAAGAAUUUUUGGAUCCCUGUGACCUCUGGCAUUUGUAUCCUGUGGCAGGCAGUGUGUUUCCCAGUCGCUCAGUGCACUUGAGCCAUUGGUACUUCUCUUUGCUUAGAAUUUGUUUUUAAACACACGUCAUCUAUGCCAAGACAGUUUCAGCUGUGUUUACGUGUUUAUGUAUCACUGCAAUCUUACCUGGUUGUUUGUUUUUUUUUCUGAGCUUAGCGGUUUUAGUGCUGUUUCAAACAAUAAAUUGUUAUUUCCUGCUU